AUGGACCAACUCGGGAGAAAGAAGCUUCUCGAGACCGCCGCUGUGGCAGAUCGACUCCGAGAAUUCAAAACGGCAGGCAUGUGUUUCUCUCGAUGCAUCGAAGCCGUCAAAAGCCGACUGAGCAACUCGGAAAAAGAAUGCAUAUGGAACUGUGCCCAACGGUGGGAAGAAGCCCACCAUUUCAUCAAUAUGAGAGCGGGGGACUUGGUGCAAAACACAGACAGAUCUGAUCGGCGCCCCGGUGCUGACCGACUCUGA